AUGUACUCAGCAAAUGUACCAUCAAGUAUCUUUUCUGUUAACACGAAUGUGGAUUCAUGGACAAGAACGGAAUUUGGAUGCGCUGUACCACAGAACAGAGCCGAAGUAACGCUUUGGCCUUCGUCCUCGACCACCAUUUCCCAUCACGAUGGCGUUACGUCGAACAAUGGAAUACCUUUUCGGCAACACACUGAAGGUUCUGGAGUUGAUUCUAACAUCAAUGUAUCUAGUAAGUAUCGAAUUGUCCACCGGAGGUAUUUCAAUGUUAUGGCAAGGCUCUCGGAUCAAAUAAGAGCAAGGUUCAAACGUUCGGUACAUCUAACUGCCUGUAAGACACUCGAUUGCCAUGCCUUUUUAGGAUGCAUACUGGCAACUGGUACUGGAGCAAAUCCCACCGAGGGAGAUCACUGCGAUGGAGGCCCCUUUUCUCCUCUCAUUUCGUCUGGUAUAAACCUUGUGAGUAAAUCGUUGCCAACCUUUGUGUAG